GGAGGGCUGCGCUGUGACAGCGGAGCUCUAUCCGGCGAAGCGCUAACUGAGCAGACGCAAUCUAGAUAGCCAUGGCGGCGACAGGAGGAGGGAAAAUCAGAUCAAGAAGACACCACAUCGCUUCAAAACCUUAUGCCAAAGGCAAACAGCAGCCUGGCCUGAUCAGUCGGGUCACAGAUACAGUGAAGAGCAUAGUCCCCUCCUGGCUGCAGAAUUACUUCAAAAAUGGAGAAGUUUCAGAGGGUGAUACCGGUGCAGUCGGAGUGGACCGGAAUAAUGUGGCUCCUCCCCCUAAUGGCAGCGACGAAGUCACCCCGCUCCCAGAUGGACGACACUCUCCAGAGCCGAGCACAAGUAACACAGAACCAUCUACGAGUAGAGCGUCACGGAACUACCAUGAAGCUCUUUCGAGACCCCCACUCAAUCGGACCCACCUGCACUUCCCAUCUCUGGAUGGUUCCCCAUUAGGUGGCACAAGCUCCCUCUUCUCCCAGCCCUCCACAUCCACAGCACCCUUCUCAGGGAGCCCUUUCGCUGUAACCUCCAACUUCUCCCUGGUGAAAGAGAUUAAGGAUUCCAGUUCUCAGCAUGAGGAUGACAAUAUCUCGACUACCAGUGGCUUUUCGUCACGUGCAUCUGAUAAAGAUUUGCCCACAUCGAAGAAUGUGCCACCCCUUUGGUCUCCAGAGACAGAACGCACCCACAGUGGAUCACAGACAGCCCACUCUGGGUUGAAAAAACCAGCCUUCAACCUGUCAGUCUUUGGCACUUCCUCAUCAUCAGUGUUGAGCAGUUCAGUGCUGAACUCCAGUCAGUUGGGGGAUUCACCCUUCUACCCAGGGAAGACCACGUAUGGAGGAGCUGCUGCAAUGAGAUCGGCUCGUUCGCGUCCAGCUACUCCUUACCAGCCUCCCGUUAGGAGACAGAUAAAGGCAAAGCCAGCUGGCACUCAACCCUGUGGAGUAACCAGUGCCACAGCGAGACGCAUCCUACAGUCCCUGGAGCGCAUGUCCAGUCCUCUUGCUGAUGCAAAAAGAAUUCCGUCUACAGUUUCAUCACCUCUGUCAGCUUCACUGAAUCACACAGACCUUGAUGUUUCAAAUUUUCAGGCAAAGAGGAAAAGGCUGGAGCCGUCAGUCCCUCCUGUGCAAAAGCUGGUGGUCCCUGCAGUUGCUGCAGUGUCUGGUAACCGUUCGGUAUCCUUUAGACCAUCACUGACCCCAGGUGGAGUGAACAGAGGAGUGGAGAAAAACAACAGGGAGACUCCGGUAAGACAAUCCCCUCAAAUUUCAGAUCAUGGCCAGGCUCCCUCUCCCAGCACAAGCAGUUUGUCCUACCCCUUGUCCAGCACACCUGCAGUCAGUAGCGCUGGUUCAAUAGGGGGCAAAAUGAAGAGGGAUAGGGCCAUCAGACCUUCAUCCAAAAAACCUGAAGAUGAGUUUGUCGAGGAACCAGACCUGCCCCCUGCUUCUCUUCCCAGCAGUUUCACUUUGCCAACAUUUAAUUUCUCCUCUCCUACCCCCACCUCAUCGCUCCCCUCAAAACCAUUUGCGACUGCCUCUGAGGAACCGGCAGCAAAUAAGGAGCCAGCUGCACCAUCCACACCACCAUCUGUCCCCUUCACGUUCUCUUCACCUAUCGUCAAGGCAACAGCUGCCAGUCCUCCAACUUUCUCUCCAUCAUCUGGAUUCACCUUCAGUGCGCCUACUAUGAAGACGGGCCCCUCUUACUCCAAUGGGAAAAUGUUCCAACAGUAG